GUGCAGCUAUGGCGUAGGAAUUUGUAAUGCGUGGUUAUCUACUGCUUUUGCCACCGCAUGAUGCAAUGUCCACUCGCAUACCACUUGUUCGAUUAAAUGUCUGAAUGAGAACUUGUUCGUCCGAUGUUGGUGGUUCUACUGUUGACGCGAUGGUUCUUCCUCCGUCCGAGCUUCCUGUUUGAACUAGGGAUAUUUUCCUUUGGGAGCAUUGAUCUUGCCUUGCUUUGUGUCGCAAGCAAUUGUUCAAGAUGCUCAAGUCCUUUCAUGGACUAAGUCUACGGAUAGGCUCUUCAUCCCUUUAACUUCUCGAUCAUACUUAUCCAAUCGCCGUUGCCAACUUUCUUCUCCCUGAUAUUUCUUAUGAUUGCUGUUACGCGGCGAACCGGAGUUUGCAUCGAGUACAUAAAAUCAAUGGAUGCGGAGAAGAUUCUGAGCAAGAUAGGGAUGGGGAGAGAAGACCGCUACUUCUGGAAGCAAAUAGGCAAGGCCCUGCUCUGCACAUACACCAUCAUCGGGGCUGUGUGGCUCUACAAUGAGACGUCCCCACUCGGGUGGUGGACUCUGAAGCCUCGGCCCAAGGAAGAGAAAGAACUUGCCCAUCUAUACGAGCGUAGGGAGUUUCCCUACCCAGGCGACAAAGAAGCCAUGGAGGAAUUCAUUGCCAAGGGGGGAAUGGUCGGCACAACGAUUGGGCCAAAGGGGUUCGUGGAAUCGGACAAGGACGCGUACAACUAUCAGAAAGAGCUGCAGAACAAGAAGUUCGAGCAGGAGGCUCAGAAGCUGUGGUUCAGGAUGAGGAAUGAGGUCAUUCAGGAGCUUCAAGAGAAAGGGUACGAUAUUGAGUGAUAUCAUUAGCUGAACAAUAUUCUGAAAGCAAAGUGAUUUGUGCUAUUGACUGCAUUUUGUUCCUUAAAAACAACACUUUUUGCAUCUGCAUAAAUUGACACUCCACUGUGAAUAACAACUUGCAGUUUGUAUUUACACGUAA